AUACACAUAGUGGAACAACAUUAAAAGAACUCUAGGGAUGUCCCGGCGAGUCCCGGGCUGAAGGAGGCGGCUCGGGACGGCGCCGAGCGGGUGGAGGUCUGGCUGCGGCGUGUGUGCGCCUGUCAGCUGCGCCGGAGCACGGAAUUACAUUUUCGAGAAAGGAACGAAGAAGAAUUUUCUGCAAGGAUCAUUUCCAGCUGCACUUUUUGCUCAUAUUUCAUUUCCAAUUGUAUAGAAAAUUUCAGCUGUAGCCCUUGGACUAGAAGCUGAGUACAAUGCAUCAGAGUUUUGAAGAAAAGUAAUUUUUGAAUUAAGUAUUUGGAAUAUAAGAAAGGAAAGGUGACUGAAAAUGGGGCGGAAAAAAAUACAAAUCACACGCAUAAUGGAUGAAAGGAACCGACAGGUCACUUUUACAAAGAGAAAGUUUGGAUUAAUGAAGAAAGCCUAUGAACUUAGUGUGCUCUGUGACUGUGAAAUAGCACUCAUCAUUUUCAACGGUUCUAACAAACUGUUUCAGUAUGCCAGCACUGAUAUGGACAAAGUUCUUCUCAAGUAUACAGAAUAUAAUGAACCUCAUGAAAGCAGAACCAACUCGGAUAUUGUUGAGACAUUAAGAAAGAAAGGCCUUAAUGGUUGUGAGAGCCCUGAUGCUGACAAUUACUUUGAGCACAGUCCACUCUCGGAGGACAGAUUCAGCAAACUAAAUGAAGAUAGUGAUUUUAUUUUCAAACGAGGCCCUCCUGGUUUACCACCUCAAAACUUCUCAAUGUCUGUCACAGUCCCUGUGACCAGCCCUAAUGCUUUGUCCUACACUAACCCAGGGAGUUCACUUGUGUCCCCAUCUUUGGCAGCCAGCUCAGCAUUAGCAGAUUCAAGCAUGCUCUCUCCACCUCAAACCACUUUACAUAGAAAUGUAUCCCCAGGAGCUCCUCAGAGACCACCAAGUACUGGCAAUGCAGGUGGAAUGCUGAGCACCUCAGACCUCACAGUGCCAAAUGGAGCUGGAGGCAGCCCAGUGGGGAAUGGCUUUGUGAACUCAAGAGCGUCUCCAAAUUUGAUUGGCACUACUGGUGCAAAUAGUUUAGGCAAAGUCAUGCCUACAAAGUCUCCCCCUCCUCCUGGUGGCGGCGAUCUUGGAAUGAGCAGUCGAAAACCAGAUCUUCGAGUUGUCAUUCCCCCUUCCAGCAAAGGCAUGAUGCCUCCAUUGAAUACCCAAAGGAUGAGCAGUUCUCAAGCCACUCAACCUCUUGCUACCCCAGUUGUGUCUGUGGCCACCCCAAGCUUGCCCCCGCAGGGACUCGUGUUCAGCGUGCCGACCGCCUACAACACCGAUUACUCCCUGACCAGCGCAGACCUGUCGGCCCUGCAGGGCUUCAGCUCCCCGGGAAUGCUCUCUCCGGGGCAGGUGUCGGCCUGGCAGCAGCACCAUUUAGGACAAGCAGCCCUCGGCUCCCUUGUUGCUGGAGGGCAGUUAUCUCAGGGUUCUAAUUUAUCCAUUAAUACCAACCAAAACAUCAACAUUAAAUCAGAACCAAUCCCACCUCCCCGGGAUCGAAUGACCCCCUCGGGCUUCCAGCAGCAGCAGCAGCAGCCACAACCCCCCAGCCCCAGCCCCAGCCCCGGCAGGAGAUGGCGCUCCCCUGUGGACAGUCUGAGCAGCUCCAGCAGCUCCUACGAUGGCAGUGACCGUGAGGAUCCACGGGGCGACUUCCACUCUCCAACUGUGCUUGGCCGACCCCCGAACACUGAAGACAGAGAAAGCCCUUCCGUGAAGCGGAUGAGGAUGGACGCCUGGGUGACCUAAGGCUUCCGGGGCUGGUGGGUGUACUUUGCAUUGCUGCUAUCUAAGUUGGUGAAUAAGGACACGAGUUAAAUCUAUUUAAAUGAUGUACAUACAUACAUAUAUAUCCCUUUACAUAUAUAUGUAUGUGGGUGUGAGUGUGUGUGUGUAU